AUACUUGGACUUUCCUGAUCAGCGCCGGGUAUCAUCAGCUACGCGUGAUACAUGCCGCUGGACAGUCGGAAACUUCGAUCGUCGUUCAUCUACUUCGUUCGGGAUUCGUGGACUUUCAUGUUCAGUGCGGUUAUUUUAUACUCGCGAUUGCGUGUCAGAUGAUAUUUUCAACCGCGAGUUCUCGCGGUCUUCUCACGGGCAUAUUCUCAGCAGAACACGCGUCUCUCGCGUUCGUCUGCCUACGGAACGCCGUAGAUAAACAAGAAGAACGAAAAGGAAUCUCAGUGUAGAAGCACGCGAUGGAAGAGUUGAAAGAUCGAACGUUUCAGCAUUUUUCAAGAUCGGAGUAACAGGAGAAAUGGGCAUCCCUUUGUGAAAUUUAAGCAUUUUUAAUCUGAAAAUUUCCGGAGUGAUUCAACUAUUCAAGAGAUCGACGAUACUUGAGAAUUUACCGGAGCAAAAACAUAUUUCAAAAUUGAUUGUUAGACGUGAACAAUUUCAAGUUGGAGAGAAGCUAACUCUCGUUUUUCAUUAUAAUCAGUUGCGAAUUAUAUGUGGAUUCAGUGAUAUAAGCGAUCUAGACGGUUCUACAAAAAGGCAUUCCUUGCAAAAAGUCUCAAGGACGGAAAGCGAAAGUGUGCGGUUCUACCUAGGCAUCUAUAUUUUGGCAUACAUAUUUCGACAACAUUUUAGCAGAAACGCUCCAAACGCAAAAGGAUACAUUGUUAUCCUAUUCGUUUUGCGAAAAAAUUAUACACGUUAUUGAAAAAUUGAUACUUUUUGGAUAACAAAUUAUAUCUCGACUUAAUUCGGUUUUUAAGUAACGAGAAAAUAUCCUUUAAUAUAACUCAAUGAUAACUAUAUCAUAUUACUGUUCUUUGUGCGAUAACAGUGAUCAUAUGAAAUAAUCAUGAGAGUGCAGUGGCGUUAAUUGGAAAAUUUCUUUUCGGGAAAUUCUGUUAAACAGACAAUUUUAUUCAAAGGAAUGAUAGCAGAGCGAAGAUCGACCAUGAAUUUUCGCAUAGUUUGUUGGUUCAUUUUCUCUCUUGUCACAGCUUUCGUAAAUAGUUACGAAUACAUCAAUGCUGCUAACAAGUGGUCACUAUGCUUAGUCGAUAGUGUACAUACUACGCAAAGAAUUCUUUCACUCUGCCCGAAAUUGGCUAAGAGUCCGAUAGAAUGUGUUGUAGAAACUGAUAGAUUUGGCUGUUUACGUCGAGUAGCCAAUGGUGAUGUCGACAUCACUGUGUUGGAGCCAGAAGAACUUGUGGCGAUAAGAAACUACAAACUAUACAGUGUACUAGUCACGAAUGAAUUAAGACUCUUCUCAGAAGAAGACCAUCGUUUUAAGGUAGUGACAAUAGCGCACAAAAAUGUGCAACGCAUAUGGGAUGUCAAAGGAAAGCGAUUGUGUCAUCCCGGUUUAGAUACAGUUGAUGAUUGGACUAAAAUUUUCUCAAUGUAUUUUGAGAAUCUGAUAAUUAAAAAAGAAUGCGACCCAAAUAUGACGCUGUUCGAGAACAGAGUGCAUGCUCUGUCCAAUUACUUCGAAACGGCUUGCAUCGCUGGCCCUUGGUCGGCAGAUACAGCGUUUGAUUAUCAAUUGAAAUCGAAAUAUAGGAAUCUCUGCGCCACUUGCGAGAAACCAGCCAGCUGUUACAACACCGAUAAAUAUUAUGGACGGGAAGGUGCCCUGUUGUGCCUCACCGAUGGCAUAGGUGACGUUGCCUGGGUCAGAUUGAGAGACGCUCAAGUACACUUCAAGACACAGACAAUCGAUGUGCAAGAUUACAAAUUUCUAUGUCCGGACGGCACCACGAAACCACUAAACUUUGAGGAACCCUGCAUCUGGAUAUCUAAACCAUGGCCGGUCAUUGUAGCUAGACCAUCGAGUGCUGAGAAUAUCGCCAAUAUGAUGAAUUUGAUGAUGAACAGAACGUCCAAUUGGGAAUCCAAUGUCUUACAGUUGAUGGAGAACUAUUACAUUGCCUCUACUGACGUGAAAGAUUUGCAAACGCCCGACGAUUACUUACAUCGAUAUCCAAACUUCUUGAGCGCUAACAUUCGAACGGGUUGUUUACCAUCAAGAGACAUACGUUGGUGUCUGGUAUCCAAUCUCGAAAAGCGUAAGUGCAGCUGGCUAAGAGUCGCUUCUAUCGUUUACGGCGUGGAACCGUUGAUCUCCUGUCUUCAAGAAACUAGCAGAGAAGCAUGCGUAGAGGCCAUACGGGAAGGAAGAAUGGACAUUUUUUUGUCGCGGCCUGAAGAGCUUCUCGAAAACAGAAUGAUGGGUUUGAAGCCUAUUAUCCACGCAAUGGCGCACAGCCGGCAAGAAUUGAAUAGGAUUGCGGCGGUUGUCAAGAGGAAUUCCAGAUUCAGAGUUAUGAAGGAUCUUAAAGGUGCCAAGGCGGCCUUCACGGGCUACAGAAGCGUCGGUUGGAACGCUUUUGUAACGUUAAUGAGGAACGAGUCAAACGGAAAUUGGGACUGUUCGGAUGCGCAGGCUAUUUCAAAAUUCUUCAAAGAUAGCUGUGUCCUCGGAUGGAAUAAUAAAAAUAAUGGCAACGAGCUCCCGGCUAAUUUACAUUCGUUAUGCAAGGAAGGUGCGGAACAUGCUGAUGAUGAUCUAAGUACUUUUAAUUACUUGGCUUCCGGUGUCGUCGACGUUGCCUUCGUUAAUUUAAAAGUCAUAGAAAACAAAACAGAAGCCGGUGAUUUUUAUUACGAGAAAAUUGAUAAUAAGAGUAUAAAUCGUUUGCCUAAGUACAGAGUAUUAGGUCCGACUUUGGCGGAAGCUAUAAAAAGAGUUCCGUAUUUGCUCGCUUGGACGUCUCUCGGAUCGAUAAUGGCACACGAGAAUAUCACGGAUCUAAGACGCCAAGAAAUUUAUACGAUGCUACUUGAAAUGGAUAACAUAUUUGGAAGAAAAUUCAAUGGACAAGCACCCACAUUCUUAUUAUACGGGCCUUACGAGGAUAAUCAUGGUGUUAUCUUUCCUGAUGGCACACGCUACUUACAGCUACACGGUCAUCAGACAUUAAAAGGACGCAAUUACGACCAAAUUGUAGAAGAGUUGGUGAAACAAGAAAUUUGCAAUGCUGCUAGUGCAUGGAUUUCUCGUCCAGAGAAAUUCAUUCUUUUCCUAUACAUGAUAAUAAUCUUCGCUCUAAACAGAUUAUUGAACUGCUGACGAUGGAUGGAUAGAUUACGCUCUCUAUACAAUGUCAUAUAAAUAGGAUAGUUCAUUAUUGGUGAUGUAAUUUCGCAUAAAAAGAUAAAUUUUUUUUCACGCAGUUUUACUUUCGAGAAAAUCAAAUUGGGAGAUUGGACAAUUAACUAAUUAAUAACAAGUUAAUUAAGUUUGCAUAAUUUUCAAUAAUAUAGUGCUAUA